AUGUGUGCACCGACCCUGCAGUUGGAUGCAGAAUAAAGAAGGACUUUGCAGUUGUGUUUUAGCCCAUUGGACAAUAGCAGGAGGAGGAGGAGGAGCCAGUGUGAACACUCCGGCUGCCUCUGCUCUUUCUCUCCGCUCCUCUCGUCGCUCUCCCGCAGGCUGCGUGGCUUUCCCGAGAACAAAACGGAGCUGCUAACUUUUAUGACAUUGUUUGUUUGUUUGUUUGUUAUUACGCGUUUAAACUCAAAGCUCGACGCGCAGACAAAUGGCUCAACCAUUUCCGAACAUCUUAGGACACGAUUCAGUUUUAAAGUCGGAUCGCGGAUUUCUUUAAAAUUGUGCCACACCACUUCAAACAAUCCAACGGCGGAACAAGUUGUAGUCGAGAUAAAGGAAUCCGGAUUGCGCCCAUCAAGGUUCAAGUCAAGAUGUCUGUCAGUAACCAUGAAAACAGAAAGUCCCGCUCUAGUUCAGGCUCCAUGAAUAUCCAACUCUUCCAUAAGACAUCCCACGCCGACAGCUUGUUGACUCAGCUCAACUUACUGCGCAAACGAAAAGUCUUCACAGAUGUCGUCCUGAAGGCUGGAAAUCGAUGCUUCCCCUGCCACCGGGCAGUCCUGGCCUCCUGCAGCCGGUACUUUGAGGCCAUGUUCAGUAGCGGGCUCAGGGAGAGUCGUGAUGCUGACGUCAACUUCCACGACUCUCUCCACCCAGAGGUGCUGGAGCUCCUGCUUGACUAUGCCUACUCGGCCCGAGUCAUCAUCAAUGAGGAAAAUGCAGAGUCGCUCCUCGAAGCUGGCGACAUGCUUCAGUUUCACGACAUCCGGGACGCAGCAGCGGACUUUCUAGAAAAGAAUCUCCAUGUCUCCAACUGUCUGGGAAUGAUGCUCCUGUCAGACGCACACCAGUGCCAGAGACUGUACGAGCUGUCGUGGAGGAUGUGCCUGGCAAACUUUGCAACUCUGUUCAAGACAGAGGACUUCCUCAGCCUGCCCAGAGACAAAGUCCAGGAGCUGAUCCUCAGUGAGGAACUGGAGGUGGAGGAUGAGAGCCUGGUGUACGAGGCUGUUAUUGACUGGGUUAAGGCCGACAUGGAGCACAGGCACAGUGAGCUGCCUGAGCUGCUGCGUUGUGUCCGCCUGGCGUUGCUCCCUGAAACGUACCUGCUGAACAACGUUGCUUCAGAGGAGCUGGUGAUGUGCCACAAGGUGGGUCGGGAGAUUGUUGAAGAUGCCGUACGGUGCAAAAUGAGGAUCCUCCAGAAUGAUGGUAUCGUGACGGGGUUCUGUGCUCGACCGAGGAAAGUUAGCCAGGCCCUGCUUCUGCUGGGAGGACAGACUUUCAUGUGCGAUAAAGUCUACGUGAUCGACAACAAGACCAAGGAGAUCACCCCCAAAACAGACAUCCCCAGCCCCAGGAAGGAAUGCAGCGCUUGUGCUAUUGGUUGCAAGGUUUAUGUCACUGGAGGACGUGGUUCUGAAAACGGGGCCUCCAAAGAUGUCUGGGUCUACGACACAUUACACGACGAAUGGUCCAAAGCUGCACCUAUGUUGGUAGCCAGAUUCGGACAUGGGUCUGCAGAGCUCGAUCACAUAUUAUAUGUUGUGGGAGGACACACUUCCCUGGCAGGAUCCUUCCCUGCGUCCCCCUCUGUGUCUCUCAAACAAGUGGAACAGUACGACCCUCAGACCAAUAAAUGGACCCUGGUGGCUCCGCUCAGAGAAGGGGUGAGCAAUGCUGCUGUGGUCGGAGCCAAAAACAAACUCUUUGCCUUUGGGGGCACCAGUGUAAACAGAGACAAAUACCCCAAGGUGCAGUGCUUUGACCCUUGCCAGAACCGGUGGUCCGUGCCAGCUGCUUGUCCACAGCUAUGGCGCUACACUGCAGCGGCUGUGGUUGGCAAUCAUGUUGUGGUGAUCGGAGGUGACACUGAAUUCUCAGCCAGCUCUGCCUACCGGUUCAACAGCGAGACGUACCAGUGGUCAAAGUUCGGCGAUGUGACAGCAAAACGGAUCAGCUGCCAUGCAGUGGCGUCGGGAAACAGACUCUAUGUGGUUGGAGGGUACUUUGGAGCUCAGAGGUGUAAGACUCUAGACUGUUACGAUCCAUCAUCAGACUCUUGGGACAGUGUGACCAGUGUGCCCUACUCACUCAUUCCCACUGCCUUCGUCAGCACAUGGAAGUACCUCUCAGCAUAGAAAGAGAUGAACUGGUUUUUAUGAUCAGCCGUGGUGUCUGGUAUGCAGGCAUGUGUCCCCCUUCACUGGCUUCACGGGGGAGGAGGAGGAGGAGGAGAAAAAAAGGGAAGAGUUUGUGUGUUCCUGCUGUGGCUCCAUCCAGCCUGAUUCACAUUAUCUUCAGCUGCAGAGAAGUGAAAGGCCUGAACCCUGGAAACAGCCCAGAGACUGGAAGUCUGCGGCCUCUUUCCACCUGAUGUGUUUACUUAUACUUCUUGUGUAACUAUCCCAUGUAGCCUCUAGCCUGAGCUGGGCUCGUUGCCAUGCAUACUGCCCAGACUUCACAGUCAUCCCUAUAUAACAUGCAAAGUACAACCGGAAAACCAACCGACACACAUCUUCAGACUUUUCUCUUUCCACCUCCUCUGGCGGAUCUUCUACUGUGACUGUAUCGGCCCUACACUGCUCAGCUGACUCACUCCAUCAUCAAAUGUGUGUAUCAUCGCGCCAGUAGAUUACCAGUUUAACAGACUCUGCAAGGACGUAUGAGUGUCUCUCUUACUGACGUGUUGUUUUACAGGCAAAUGAAAACGAACGCCGGCUGUCCUUUUUGUUGUGGUUUCUCUUCCCUCCUUCUGACACGGGGCGCUUACUCAGGUGUAAUUUAUUUGGACUGCUGAUAGACUGAAUUAGACCUUUGCUAUGCCAGGCCUAUGGGGAAGGAGAGAAGACAUUUGGGGAAGUGUAUGAUUUUGUGCACAGAAACAAUCUUCCUGUCUGUAUUUUUAGACUUUGGACUUGGGCUUCCCUCAAUUUUGGUGAGCUAAAUUUGUAUCGUCCUCUUUGACUUAAAAUACACACUCGCAAGAGAGAAUGUGGCCCAUUACGUCUGAAAAAGACACUUUUCUGUUUCAAGAUGUUAUUUCAAACUAUGAUUUUUGUCCUUUUUUUCCCCUAUGUUCUGUGUCUCAGGGUUAUGUACAGUUUUGCCUGUAUUUCUUUUUUUUCAAGGGAGGGUAACAUGUUUGUUUUCUGUCUUUUUUGUGAAUGUAUUAUUUUGUUAUAAACUAUUUUACAGAACUCUCAUUUUAGAAUAUCUCAAUUACAUAAAAAUUUUUGUCAUGUGAACAUGUAUGAUUACUCUUAAUGCCAGUGGUCAUAUUUAAAACAAAUGUUGCCAAAACAUGAGUAGUUAACCUUAGUGUCAUUCUAGAUUUAAAUAACAAAAGCUAAAUGUGUGUAAAGUAGUUAACAAAUACUUUGGAGCUAUAAUAUUUUUUUCAUUUCAUACUUCAGGAUCAUUAAUGGAAGUCUUUUGUGUGUAUAGUUUGUAUAUUUUUCUUUGUAAUUAAUUUGUAGAAGCCUUUGAUUUGCACAAUUUGUACAAAGAAAUCUCCUUUUUGUCUUAAUUUUGUAUCUUUGUCUUAACCCAGCUUGGGUAGUGUGAAUAAUCAAAGCCUUUUUGUAGCAAACUAUCAAGUUGUUUCUCUUCAUUUGCUCUGUGUACAAGUCUGCAGUUUCCCAAAUAUAUCAAAAUAUAUAUCAGAUUGUCUGAUAUAUUAAGCUAUUACUGAUACACCAUCUGUUACUUCAUGUUCUACAACUCAUAACUCGUCAAUAAAUAUCUUGUUGAAAACAUA